GGUCAGGAUGUCGCUGGGCUGUGUAAAGACGACGGUUGCCGAAUGUCCGUUUGCUUGGCACUCGUGCGUGUUGCCCCAGAGCUCACGUUGCAGCAUCCCUUGGAUGUGCAACAGGAUUUGUGGUGGCGGGAUUUGGAAGGCCCUCAUUGGCAGCGCCUUCACUGGCAGGUUGUUGCUGUGGAGCCGCUGGAAGGCAUCCUUUGUGUUUCCAGCAUGACAGCUCUUGGGCGCAGGGACAGUGCUCCGGCAUUGUUCCUGCUCGGACGCUCCAGUGCAGAGGAAGUGGCUUCCAAGGCCCAGCCAUUGCUUCAGGCUUGGAAAGUUUCGGGUGUGCUAGGGCCAAAUGCAGAGUUGAAGCAUGCCCUGGCUGUGCCAAAGCCUUUGUGCCUAUUGCUUAUGCAUAGCAAUCUGAGUUUCGUGGCAGUCUCCAUGCGCCGAAAGCUGCCAAAGCACAUUCCGGAUUCUGCUUUGUGUGCAAGGGUCAAAUCUCACGCUGAGCGUGUGGCAGAUGGAGCGGGAGCGCCUCCCCAACCAAGGCCCGACAGUGCAUCUUCCGAGUUGACGUCUGGAGCCUUCAGAAAUCUCGUUCAUGCCAUGGAUGGUUGGGCUACGUUGCUGGCAGCUGCCACGGCCGGGAGCCCCGAACGCCGCGCCGAGGUGUCGCAGGAACUGUCGAUGAUGAGAGGUUGGGCCAGUCGCCUGGCAUAUCAGCUGGACCCGGUGUACCUCGCUUCCACCAGAGUCCAGACUUCCAGACUUCAGAAGGGUGUUUUGGGUCAGGGUGCUCGCUUGCGCCUUCGUGCAUGGGCACCUCGCCAGGUGCUCCGUCACCGAUCUGCAAAGAUGCUUACUGCAAUCCGUUCUAAACCAAAGCAGCAGCAGCAGCAGCAGUUGACCGGACGGUACACGGGGUGGUUUGCGAUACAGGCAGUGCUGUUUUCCUCAUUUUUGCGGGAUGCGGCGAAACUUCAAAGUGCCCUGAAGCAGGGCAUCAUGAUGGCUUUUCCUCAAUGCAUUGCAAACGACUUGCUGCAGAUGUUAGAACAAUCCCCCAUGCCCCAUGCGGCAACUUUGUCUCGUUGGCGUGUGCUCUUCGAAGCAGCAGCCUGCUUGCAGCUGCGUUCCCGUCUAGCCAAAUGUUUUCAGUGCAGGGAGCUUCCACAGCCUGCUUCAGUUCCUAUCGCAAUGCAUGUUCUCGUAGACAGCAGCCCUCAGGGGGGCCGCGAUUGGUUGCUGUCUGAAGUGCACAUGCUGGGUCAUCGAGUGCCUUUGCAAAGAAUGCUUCUGCUGUUUUGGAAGAUCUGCGAGCUGCAUCCAAGUGGCGGCGACGACCUGGACGAAGAUCUCUGUCAGGAAUUGGUCGCAGCAGAACAGGAGCUGGCCGAUGCUGUUGAGGUUCUUGUACUGCCGCCAGCAGGACUGGGUCAUCAGCGAUCCAAUUUACACCACAAGCUUCAUGGGCUGCUUCAUAGUUUCUGGCUUGCGGCAGGGGCAUGCUUACCUCAAGUUGUUCAAGCGGUGUCUUCCUUCACUUCAGAUUUUGGAACAGAAGCAGGAUUGCCAGGCAUGGAAGUUUCUUCGGAGCUAGUUUGCCCGCAGCUCGGGUGCAGCCAGUUCUGUGAGACUGAUGGGCCGGGUCAACUCAGUGAUCCGUGGCCUCUGCUGAGUUUUGCACGAUCGUUGGCAGUACCCGGCAUCCAUCAUGUUAUGCACAACAUGUGUGAGGACAUGUGUGAGGCAUUGCCUUCGUUUCGGAAGCACAAGCCUCACUUUCAAGCCAUGUCAGUCUUCCUUUGUGAUCAUCAUGUCCGGCAGGGGUUGCAAGAAAGGUGUUUUGGUCAAGGAGAUGCGGCUGCGCAUCGAGCAAAGUUUGCUUCCUUUGGAGAGCGGCUUCUAGACUGGAGGUGGCAGAGUGUUUCAUCCUUCUUGAGCGCAAUGGAACCCCUAGAGUUGCCCCUGCGGCAAUUCUGGAGUCUGCGGGCGUUUAGUGGGAAGUUUCGGAAUGAUUCUCUUUCAGGUGAGCCUGCUCAGGAGGCUGCCGGUCCUGACGACGCUGCUCAGGCCGCUGAUGUACUGGUUCCUGUAGGUCCUCAGGAGAGCUCGGAGAGCAGCAAAGUGCUUGCUGAUGCAGUUCGAGGCAAAGUUCGAUCUCAGAAUUUUGAUUCGGCGGUACAGAAUGCUGAGGUUUGGCAGUACAUGAGCAUGCUUCGCAAACUCUUCGCCAUCUCAGAUGAGCUCCUGGUAUGGUUUCAAUCAUGUCCCUGCCACCCACGUGAAGCAGCGGCCCAGGACGAUGAGGAUAGGUGCAAACACUACGCUGCCUGCCCGAUGAAAGGCAGGAGGGCUCCUGAGCUGGCCGCUGGUUUCGUGGUUUCUUUCAUGCGUGAUCAGUUGCAAGGAGCUGCCGAUGUGUUUCCUUCAAACUCCGAUCUGUUCACGGAAUAUGUUGCAGGUUUGCAGCAUUUCAGCUUCAUGUUGCAGUUGAAGUUUGCGAACUGGACAGCCAUGCCACACUCCUUUCUGGCCCUUGCGCAUCCGUCCGAAACGACGGCUCGUGCUGCCUGCCGUCGCUUGCUGGGCGAGUGGGAAUUUAUGUCAAAACCGGACAAGGCGAGUGCCCACCCCCUGUGCCAUGCAUUCAUGUCAGACUCCAAUGUUCGAGACUCGCUCGUUCGUUUUGGGCAGGGGUCGCCUCGCGAUUCCGACGAUUGUUUCCAGCUGCGUGCUGUGCUGGGACCCAUUGCCUUCCUUCCCCUGCUGGAAAGGUCAAUAGAGGGACGCCAUGCUGUUGUCAAACGUGCUACAGAAACAGCUCCGAAUCAUCGCGGGGCUUACGUUGCGAACGUGCUGAGGUCAGCCGCAAUCAUGGACAACGCGGCUCAGGAUCCUAAGACGUUGGUCGAAUUGGCAGAGCAUUUUGACCGAUUGCGGUUGCCAGUUUUUGUUCUUGAGCACUUGGGGCUCAAGAGCAAUGCUUCUGUUACUGCCUUGGACAGUCUUUCUAAAAAGCAAGCCGACAAGCAGCUGCAGUCUUUCGGGUUUGUAGAUAGGGUUAUGUUCCGGCUCGAUGCAGCUACGCAGUUCGCCGACUGGGAAGAUGUCCUUGAUGCCAAGCAGACGCAUGGCCAGGCCAAGUCGGCGUCCAAGUUGCCGCUGACGAUUGCAGACACAAACUCUUUGCAGCGCCACCUAGCCUUGGAGCACUUCCGUGUUACAGCCACUUCAUCAUGUGAUUUCUUUGCGGCCACACUGCAAGAUGCUGCUGCAGGCAUGCCGGCAAACGAGUUUCCUUUUCGUCAGUUGCAAUGCACUUUGGCUGGCAAUGCCAGGUUUGCGGAUGCAUGUCUCGAUGACGCGGGUCAGGUGGCAUUGAUCGAAGCUGAUCCUUGCGACCGGGGCCAGGAUCAUAGCGCUGCCGUAGCAUCUACGUGGGGCAGCCACAUGUGUGAUGAGCAAUCUGUAGUCGCUGAUGAACGAUUUCGUCGUUGUGUCUUGUUCAAAGUCCAGUCUUGGAGGCCGUCUUUGCUGAAGCAAGUCAAAGGGUCUUGCAUGACAACACUGACUUCUUCAGAUGUGGCUGUAACCAUGUUUCCAGUGGUCGGCUGUGAUGUAAAGCCUGAUGCCAAAGUCCUGUAUACGACUGGAAAGCCUCAAGGCUCUGAAGGGUCGCUGGCAGCAGCCAGUGCCAUCAUAAAUGAUGCACUCUUUCAGCACUCAGUUUUUCGCUUUAAGUCUUCGAGUCGGGUCAGGUUCGCUUGGACGGGACCUCUGAUUCUUGCCGAUCAGGCGAGCAUGGAUCGGGUCGUCACGGAUUUCAUGUCUUCUGAUGCUGUGGCCGGUUCGGGAAAAGUGUUGCUGAAACCGGCUUUCAGACGUUCUCGCAUCAAAUCGGCUGACUCGUCUUUGCAAAUCCUGCAGCAGAUGAAAGACCGCGGCUGGGCCGCGCAAGAUUGCAGUGCUGAAGGCUGGUGCCUAACUGCAGAAGCCCUUAAGUGGGUUUCGACUCGUGUGGCACUAACCCAUCCGGUAUCGGUUUUGCAGCCGCGACUGCUUGACGACCGAGGCCAGUGGACCCGCUACGAGAUCAUGGCAUGCUUGAGAGAUGCAGGUUGGGUAGCUCUGCAGCUGCCCACCCACAAGAAGCGGAAAGGCUUGGAAAUGCAGAUCCGUUUGCCAGAUGGCCCUGCAGAGGAAGCUUCAGCUUCGGAGGAUGGUUCUCGGCCGGGCAAGACUUGGUACUUCAAAAAGAAAGUACCUGUGGUGUCCAGGCACUACCUGCGUGCCAUGUUAGCCAUCCACGAGAACCGUGAUGCACUGAUAGCCCUUGGUGUGCAAAGAAUCUUCCAUCUUGCGUCUGUGAAGUACUUUCAGUGCCUUCUUCAGGUAGCUUCUGGUGAGGCAUCACUUCAGGCACUAACCGAUCUGGAGCCGAAAGAGACGUCUCGUGCUGUUGCCCGUGAUCGUUUGUUUCUAGCUAGUGAGCCUGGACCUGCCCAGCCACGUCCCAUUCCUGCUGUUGUUGGUGCUCCAGAGCUUCCAGGGGAUCAGGACCAGGACGACCGUGAUUCCGUCUUGUCCGAGGAUCCGCCGUUUUUGGAACCAGGACAUGCUGUGGAAGUGGAGUCGCCUUUGGUUGGAGAGAGAGAUCACCAGGCAAUAGACGAGGCCCUGGCAAUUCUGAAUGAAGAACCCUCCGAUGUUGGGGCUGCACAAGCUGCUGUUCCUGAGCGGCCUGAGCGGCCGCAGCCCGCCGAUGAAUUGCUGGCUAGGCGUCGCCAAGACAAGACACACCGUUGGGGAGCUUUCUUGAUAACGCACAAGAUUCAGAAGCAGGGCAAGGCUAAACCGGUGCAGUCGUGGCAGGCCACGUGCCCUCAUCCGGCCCAUACUCUCGGAAACAAGAAGUGCACGAAAACAAUGUCCUUUAAUCCUGAUGACGAAGCACAGGAGAUGACGACUCUAUGGCGUGUCCGGCACUGGUGCAACAGUGUCUUCCUCUUCGAGGACAAGGUCAGCCACCAGGCUUAUCAUCCCGUGUUGGAGGAGCUCCCAGACGAGGCUACCAUGAUUGCUUGCCGGGUUGAUAGCAUUUCUGCUGAGCCGUCUGAUCCUCGGAUGUCAUGCAAGCGCCAGCGGGUUAUGAUUCGGGAUCGUGCAGGCAGCACAAUCGGCGACCUCUACGACUGGCCGUCGAAGUUGGCAGCCAAGCUUCAUCGCAUACCACGUUUGCGAUAUGGCUGGAAAGCCCACUUGGCCAAUGGCAACUGCAUGGUGAUUUACUCCGACCAUAGCGGGUGUGGCAAUGGAGAGGAAGGCUUGCUUGAUGCCAUCACCGCGCUAAAGGAGCACUUUCACUUUGCAGAGGGCACAGACUCUGCAGACCUGUUGGAACCCGUCGUGCACAGCGUCUGCGACCCGGAUGUUCAUGCAGUACAGGCGCUGUCGGCAACAAGUCGUGCAAAGCAUCUCUUUGGCUAUGUGGAGGACUUUGUGUCCAAAGACAUGAUGUCCGACAUUGCGCCUUUUGCUCCAACUGCUCAGGCGACUGCCGAGGAGAGAUCUGCCUUCUUGAAAAACUUGGCGACGGAAGUCCACCACAACCUGUCCAGCUACUUUCCACUGGACCACAAAGUCUUCUGUCGCUGGAAACAGCAAGAUGUUCCGGCUCUGGCGCCGGAGGCCUGUCUUGCCCGGGCCACAAACCGAAGGUGCUUGGAAAUCCAAGUGAGUGGCACAUGCUGCUACGAUUGGUCGUCGAUGAACCAGAAGGCCCUCAGGUCGCAUGGUCCUUCGCAGGUCUCUUUCUUGUGGUGGAAGGAGGGCCUCAAAGCCCACCAGCCAGACUUGCUCCUGCACGAGAACGUUAUGCGAUUCCACGUGGAGCAUCUCAUGGAUGGGCUCGAAGACUUGUACUCUGCCUUCCAGUUCACCCUUUCACCGCUGGACAUUGGAUGGCCGGUGAGACGGCCAAGGCGCUUCACUGCUUUGGUCCAUCGUCGAUGGCACUGUUCCGCUUCGCAGUCCGACUUCGAGUUUCAUUUCGGUGCUUCUGCGGCCAUGACGGGCAGCGAUCUACUGGCUAUGCCACCGAACAUCGUCGAGGAAUACUUCCGAAACAAACUCCGUCAGAAACUCUGCCACAAAGAAGGCCUUCUCGAAGCAGCUGAUUUCAGACGAGUGCUGACUCCGCGGCAGAGAAAAAUGCUUGAGGAAUUUGAGGAGCUCGCUGCCAAGGACGGGGGCGAGCUGGGCGAGGACUUCUUGGUCGACUUGUCCCAGACCGCCGAGUGGACCACGGUCGCAAACAGUGCCCCGAUCUGGAGCCACAAGCUGCAGCGCACGGCCUUGCCAGCAGAGCACAUGCUGCUGCAAGGCGUCCCGCUGCUAGAGGACAAGAGUCCGUGGAAGCAGUUCGUGCUUGACAAGGCCGUGGAUCCAUGUUUUGACAGCAUGUUUCUGAACUUGUCCGGGAAUGCCAUGCAUCGUGCUGUCAUUGGAACAUGGGCUGCGUAUAUCGUCGGCUCCCUGUCCCCUUGUGCCUCGCCUUCCUCAUUUCGAUUCCGGUCCACGUCAGAGCUGACAAUCACGGGUGACGAGCAGCUUGAGGGGCUUCUUGCAGCUGCUGAUGCCUUCGGCAAUGCAGCUUCCACUGGUCGGAGGGCCAAGUCGAAAGCAAAGGCGAAGGCGAAGGCCUCAGGUGAGGCCCGUGUGCUCGGGGUUCCUGCUCCAAAGAAGGCUCCGGGACGUGAGACGUACCGUGGCCUCAAGUGCAUGAUCUGCCAGUGCGAAGAUUGCACUGGCAAGAAUCCGUAUUGUCAGAAGUGCAAAGCUGACGUGGACAGCUUGGCGAAGACCGCGAAGGACGAUGGGUGGGUCGAGAAAUACGAAGAUGCGAAGCGCAACGAGCGCACCUUCCGGAAAUUGGUCCGGGAUUAUCAGUUGGAGUGCCCGUCGAAAGGCAAAGGCCGCGCCCGUGUGCAGUACUCCAAGUCGAGAGCUCUCGAGAUCAUCGCCAACGAGCAGAUUUCCGACGAGGGCACGCGCAUGGCGAAGAUGGACUGGUUUGACUUUGAGGCCUUCUACUCGCAGAAGAAGCUUUCGCCCGAAGACAUCGAGACAAAAUGGCGGACCCGUCUCGCUGCAGAGGGCGCUUACGACCUGGAAGGCGAGAACAGAGCCUUUCCAGAACGACUGCUCGUGAGGAAGGAGGACUACGUUGACUCCAAGGCUCGCCGCCGCGUCUCCCACCAGCUUGUCAACGAAGCCUCCCCGAAGGUCGCGAAGGAAUCCUUCCUCGAGGACACCGCUGACGACCGACCCGCGAACUUCUUCUCGUCUGAGGCGAACAAGUUCUUUGAAGCGAGACCAAAGCGACGGGGUUCCACAGGCUCCAACGCCUCCGCCGGUUCCCUCUCCAGUGCGCCUGCUGCAGCUGCAGACGAAGAGAACGGAGAGAAAGAGAAACUCGUUGGCGGUGACCUGACAGUGUCGCGGCUGAAGGCCUUCGACGAGACCGGGGAGCAGCUCCAGAAGGCUCUCGAGACCCUUGGCGCCACAAUCGCCAAGGUGGAGAAGGAGGCGCUUGGUUCCGUUGCAAGGGUGAACGAUAUCGACGGCGAGGGUAUCGUGCAAGACUACAAAAGCAUAGUCUGCGAGCGCUUGGUUUUGGCAAAACUAGUUCACGACGACCUGAGCAAGGAUGACAGCUGGAGCCAGCGCGACCUUUUGCUGCAGAACGCGCUCACGGGCCAAGUCUCGCCUGUUCCAAACAAAACCUUGCUCCGGAGCGCGGGCAGCGUUCGAGACUUGCAGAAGCAGCUCAAAAGCAUCACAAGCGCCGAGGAUCUGCCAAAGGCCGCGGAGCAGGUGAAGGGCAUGGUGAGCACAUGGCGUGCCUUGGCACAGUCCGUGACCGUGGCAAUGCAGGAAGCCUCCAAAGCGAUCCGGGAGGUGACGAAGAAGCGGAAGCGCAAGGAAAAGGAGGAGGAGAACAAGCAGAAGAGGGCGGCCGCAGCGGAGGCGAAGGCCCUUGCAAAGCAAGCCCAGCCCAAGGCACCGGCGGCGAAGGGUCCGACAGCGAAUCCUGAUGUUCUGGUCGAGCUCUUCGGCAAGCUCUCGAGCAUUGAGAAGGUGACGGAGGCCAACGGUGACUCCUUCUUCGACGACCUCGGCCCUUCUGUGUCGAGGUGUGUGACGGUCAAUGUCCCCACGCCGGUUGAGAUCGUCGGGCAGCCCUUCUUUGAGGCCCGGCUUGCCAUCUUCAUGAGCCAGUUUCCGGGGAGCUCGGCUGCCUUGAACACCGGAAGGGCGUUCAUGAAGAUCGGGGCAGCGGAGAGCAAGCUUGGCAACUACUACGCAAAGUUGUCGUCGACUUCCCGGCCCGAGAAGUUGGCGGAUGCGCAUAAGGAUUUCAUGGUGCCCGGCUUCGUUGGUCUGGUUGCAAAGAAGACAAGCUUUCAGAUCCUGGAUCUUGCCUCUUUCCGGCACAGCUUCGGCGACAACAAGCUGGACAUCGUCAUGAUGUCGCUGGACAGCUUCUUCGUCACGUGCAAGGACAUUGAUGCAUGA